AUGGCGUUGCCUUGCGGCUUAAGAGAGGCUAGAAAGAAUUCGACACGGCCAUCAGGGUCGCGGUUGCAUAAUGUUAAGAUGUCGUGUGCUACGUGGAUCAGUGCACUCAUUAUUUUAAAUGCAUCGGUGUUACUGCAAAGUUCAAAGACGUGGGGGAACGAUCGACCGAUUUUUCCCGCCAGUAAAAUACCGGAUGGUGCAUUAGAUCCCCAAAGGCCGAUUGUCCGAAAAAAAAUCGUAGUGUAUCACAACUUCUUUCGGACUAAAGUACAGCCCACUGCGUCCAAUAUGCUGAUUAUGUCAUGGGAUGAGGAAGCAGCCGAGCAAGCUCAGCGAUAUGCCGAACAGUGCCAGUACUUAGUACAUAAUGACAACAGGGAGAGGGAGUUGCCAGAAUACGGCUCCUGCGGACAAAAUCUGUUCGCCGCCUCUAAUAAAACUCCUUGGUUCUUUGCACUUAAGAACUGGUUCAUUGAAUACCAGAAAUUUAAGUACGGAGUGCCGGUGCGGGACCUCAAGGAGGUGGGCCACUACACGCAAAUGGUUUGGGCCACCACUCACAAAGUUGGCUGCGGGAUGGCCUACUGCGACGGCGGACCUUGGGGUCAUUUCUACAACUACGUGUGCCAUUAUUGUCCUGGAGGAAACUUAGACACACUGGUUCAUUACCCUUACAAAGUGGGUACGCCCUGCGCAGACUGCCCGGAUGACUGCCUAUCAGGAAAACUAUGCAAGAACUCGUGUCCACGACGUGACGUAUUCUCAAAUUGUGACGAACUUCUUAAUAGUAUACCGGACUACUGCAAUGAAGGAUACUGUAACGCUACUUGCGAAUGUGGCAGCAAAAGCAUUUACAAGAACUACCCAUUUUAG